UCGUUAAAUAAUAAGAAAAGAAACAGUAACCAUUUUUUCGACAUGAAAAAUUGUUCAAUUGAACGGUAGAUGGUAGCAGAGGGAGCCGCCCAAGUAAAUGCCCGUGGAAAAAAAGAAGAAGAGAAGCCAAAGCCAGAGCCCAACGUUGACCGAUUUAGUGCCCAUGGUUAAGCGCAAACAAAAAAAGAAUUGUCAGCCAAAUACUAGAUUCAGUGUGCGUUCUGCGUUGUUUGUUAUCGACUGCUUUUUUAACUUUUAACUUCUCACAUUACGUAUUGUUUGCUGGUGGACAUUGUUGCUACGCCGACACGGGAGCAAAAUUUGGUCACUUGAAAUUGCAAUUUCUUCCCAGUGCGGAUUUACGUUAUUUCUUUCCUCUUUGGUGUUGUACAUUGUACAUAUAUUCGAUGGUUUCAUUCCAGACAGCCAUGUCUGGAAUGGCUAGACUGGGCGGAGCGUAACCGUUUUUUUCUCUCUCUCUACGCAUCCCGAAUUGAAAUUUUCAUCUUCUUUCUUCACCGGGGGUCUUUUAUAAUAUCCACCGUACAACAACCUUUGCCGAAUCGAAAAUGAUGGGUGGAAAACUUUAUUUUGUAUUGAUUGUUGCUCUGGGCUGCUGGGACCUUGCUUUAGCCCUCAAAUGCCAUUGUGAUAUAUGCACCGCAGAGACAAAUCACACAUGUGAAACGGAUGGUUUUUGCUUUACUUCAACGUCUCUAAAUAGAAAGACUGGAGCCCUGAUUCAUGCCUACAGCUGUCUGAACUCGGUCGACUCCAGCGUCUGGUGUGGCGUCGGUAGCGACGACGGAGAUGAGGUGAUCAAGUACAUUGACGAAGAUGGCAAUCCAUUCGUUGUGGCAUGUUGCCGCGGGGAUUACUGCCGGAAUGCCCAGCAACACUUAACCAAUCACACUUUGCUCUCCGUCGCAGAUCCGGAGGCCGUCGAUUUGACUUGGUUCGGUUUUGGCAAGUGGGAGCUGGCGCUGCUCAUUGGCAUUCCCAUCGCCGUCGGCAUCUUAUUCGUCAUGAUCCUGUUCAGCGUGAGGCAUCAGCGGCGACGACGGAUGAUCAACCGCCGCAUGGUCGACAUGGAGCAUAAUAUGGAUUCGGCCGACAUACCCAUUCUAGGACACAACGGCGUAGGAGCCGCCUGUCUCAGAGACAUAAUUGACAUGACAACCAGCGGCUCGGGUUCCGGCUUACCCUUGCUCGUCCAGCGCAGUAUUGCCCGUCAAAUUCAACUGAUGGACAUAAUCGGCAAAGGCAGAUUCGGAGAGGUGUGGCGUGGAAGGUGGCGCGGUGAGAAUGUGGCCGUCAAGAUUUUCUCGUCCAGGGAGGAGCGCUCUUGGUUCCGCGAAGCCGAAAUCUACCAAACGGUCAUGCUCCGGCACGAUAACAUUCUUGGUUUCAUUGCCGCUGAUAACAAAGAUAACGGAACUUGGACUCAAUUGUGGCUCGUCACCGACUACCACGAAAACGGAUCGCUCUUUGAUUUUCUCAACCGGACGACGGUGGACAGCACGACGAUGGUGAGGAUGGCCCUUUCCAUCGCCACUGGACUCUCUCACCUUCACAUGGAAAUUCUGGGCACUCAAGGUAAACCGGCCAUCGCUCAUCGCGAUCUCAAAUCCAAAAACGUUUUGGUCAAGGCCAAUCGCACCUGCGCCAUUGGCGAUUUGGGUCUGGCCGUCCGCUACGAUGCCACCGUCGACACUGUCGACAUUGCCCUCAACCACAGGGUGGGCACCAAACGUUACAUGGCCCCCGAGGUUCUCGAAGAAACAAUCAACGCCAACCACUUUGACUCGUUCAAACGUGCCGAUGUCUACGCUCUGGGUCUCGUCUUUUGGGAGAUCGCCCGUCGCUGCAACAUGGGCGGAAUCAUCGACGAGUACCAGUUGCCGUUCUACGACGUCGUCCCCUCUGACCCGUCCAUCGAAGAAAUGCGCAAGGUUGUCUGCGUCGACCGCCAGAGGCCGUCGAUCCCCAACCGGUGGCAAUCGUACGAAACCCUUCGGGCCAUGUCGCAGCUAAUGAAGGAGUGCUGGUACGCCAACGCAGCUGCCCGUCUAACAGCUCUCCGCAUCAAAAAGACGCUGGCCAAUUUGGAUGCCCCGGAAGAUGUCAAGAAUUAAUAAAAAUAACAACACUGCCCCCCCUCCCCCUUCUCCUUCCCGUUGACCUUACGUCAGAAAAAAUUAAAAACAGAUAAAUGAACAGUUCAAAUACGUUUGUCAGCUACUUAUAUACAUUUAGUACGUCUCGCUUUGUUUCAAAACAAUUUAAGUGUGUGUACGUGUGUGUGUUGAAAAAUGUGAAUGCGUUGGGAGUGCAUGAGAGUGUCUCGUAACCCCUGCCAUCAACCCACUUUUUUUGUUUUUCUCUCUUUGAUUGUUGAUUGUGUGGAUGGUGAUGAUGAUCUGUCUCCUGAUUACUAGCUGUAGUAAUUCUGUUUUAAAAAAUCAAUUCAUUAAUUAUUAUUAUUAUUAUUCAGUCUUUAAAUUUUUUUUUUCUUCCUUCUCCUACCCCCUGCCCUAUUAUCUCUAUGUGACCGAGACACACAUUUAUAUGAUACCCAAACUCACUCAUCGGUACGAUUCCGAAACAAUUAUCGCGUGUUGGAAUUUUGUUUAAUUGCUUUCAAUUUCAUCCAAUCCAAAUUUCGUUUCAGAAGAGUAUAUAUAGAUAUAUUCAUCAUUUAUGUUUCUUUUUUUUUUAAUGUCCUCCAGCUCCUAAUUUUGUUUUUCGGUUUUUUUCAACAUGAAACAGUUAUUGAUGACACAUAUACAGAGUCAAAAAUUC